AUGGGCAACUGCGGUAGUUCUUUGGAUUGUGCUGCGUGUGGCAACAUCCGAAACGGUGGAAAGUGCGCAAAGGACUUGAAGUUCAACGCAGAUAUCGCAGGUAUUGGGGUCCUCGUAUCGUUCUACUUCAGCGCUUUGGUCGUUUUCUUAGUGGUGAUUUGGGGGUACUUGACUGCAACCUUACCUACAGGUCUGCUACAGGAAACUGAUCAGCAUGCACUCAAACUACUCAAGAAGCCUUUCAAGCGAGAUAAAAGGCAUGUCGGUGCGGAAACCCCAAUACCAAUACAAAUGUCGGCACGGCAGGGGCGCAGCGAUGUUCUUGUCAGCUUCAUCAAGAUGCUGAGCGACCAACAACUCAUAACUGGAUUGUCCAUACUGAUUGCUGCGCUUUCAAGUCAAUGUGUCAUAUCUCAACGUGAGUGGCACAUAGUUACAUCAUUAGCUUAUUUCUCAGCUACCACCCACAGCUUAUCACUCGAUGUACUACGAAACUACCUAGUUGAGCACAUUUGGGUCAGGUACUGUCGUAUAACUUUCACGCUUAUUUUUCUUGCCUUCUUUACCUUCGCAUUUCUCGUGGAUCAUUUGCCGGCGUGGCAGGAUCAGAUCGUCCACUGCUUAUUGUUGGAUUGGAGGUCACAACCUGGACUUUUGCAAAUCAGCACCCUCAUGAUCAAUGUCGUCCCUGUAUUGAUAAUCUUAUGGGGCAAACAUCUUUCAGCUAUGGCUCGAUUGAUUGCUCCGGAAGCCAUUCACCACCGCCAUGUUACUACGACAAUGGUAGAUCGCAUGUCAAUGUACUUCUGGAGCUGGACGAACAACAUUUCCAUGUCAGAGUCCGCAAACAUCGUCGCAGAUGCGCGUCGUCUUUAUGGUAUCGCAAUCAGACCAUCAAACACCAAAACACGAAUAUCGGUGUGGUACUUCCUCGAGCAGUAUCAUGAGGCGUAUCUUUCCGAACUUCCUGUAUGGGCGUUCCAGUUUGCUUAUGGGACGACAAAUACGAUCCAAGCGGUAUGGGGUGUUGAUGCAUGGGGUACCGACGUCGAGGAUGAGACUACAACCCUCGGCUUCGGUCAAGUCGUCGCUAUAGGUUUACUCGUCCUUCCACUAAUUACUUUAACCGAACUCAUAAAUGGUGAGUACCUUCCAUGGUCUCAUGGCCGCUCUACUGACCAAGUCAAGAGCAAAGCACAUCGUCUAGACUCCACCUUCCACAAAGCCAUGAACUUUCGCAGCCGAUAG